AUGCAGGCGCCAGUGGUUGUUAUGAACACCCAGACCCCGGGCGGGGAGCGCCAGUUUGGCCGCAAAGCUCAACUAUCCAACAUCACAGCAGCUAAGACUGUCGCCGACAUUAUCAGAUCAUGCCUCGGUCCCAAGGCCAUGUUGAAGAUGCUGCUCGAUCCCAUGGGCGGUAUCGUCCUCACCAACGACGGCCACGCUAUCCUCCGAGAAAUUGAAGUCGCACAUCCAGCUGCCAAGAGCAUGAUUGAGUUGAGCAGGACACAAGAUGAGGAGGUCGGCGAUGGCACAACCACCGUCAUCAUAUUAGCGGGAGAAAUCCUCGCACAAGCUCUGCCCCAGCUUGAGCGCAACAUCCACCCCGUCGUCAUUAUCCAAGCGUUCAAGAAGGCACUCGCCGAUGCUCUAGAAAUCAUCAGCGAGAUCGCGGUCGAAGUCGACGUCAACAACGACGAGCAGAUGUACAAGAUCAUCAGCUCUUCGAUCGGCACAAAGUUCGUAACGCGGUGGUCGGAACUCAUGUGUGGAUUGGCUUUGAAGGCGGUGCGGACCGUUUCCCUCGACAUUGGCUCUGGCAAGAAGGAGGUCGACAUUAAGCGCUACGCACGUAUCGAGAAGAUCCCCGGAGGUGAGAUCGAGGACAGCGAAGUUCUAGACGGAGUCAUGGUCAACAAGGACAUUACACACCCCAAGAUGAGGCGGAGAAUCGAGAACCCCAAGGUUUUGCUGUUGGACUGCACACUGGAAUACAAGAAGGGAGAGAGUCAGACAAACAUUGAGGUUAGCAAAGAGGAGGACUGGAACAGAAUCCUUCAAAUCGAAGAGGAGCAAGUCAAGCAAAUGUGCGAUGCCAUCAUCGCUCUCAAGCCCGAUCUUGUCAUUACCGAGAAGGGCGUCAGCGAUCUCGCACAGCACUACCUCGUCAAAGCCAACAUCACCGCCAUCCGCCGAGUUCGUAAGACCGACAACAACCGUAUCGCUCGUGCGACAGGUGCGACAAUCGUAAACUCCGUAUUCUCCGCCACCGCUUCGGACAUUGGUACAGAGUGUGGUCUUUUCGAGAUCUCUAAGAUUGGUGACGAAUACUUUACCUUCCUCACAAAGUGCAAGAACCCGAAGGCAUGCACCAUCCUCCUCCGUGGACCCUCAAAAGACAUCCUGAACGAGAUUGAGCGGAACCUACACGACGCCAUGGGUGUUGCCAGGAACGUGAUCUGGAACCCUAAGCUCUGCCCCGGUGGUGGUGCAACUGAGAUGGCCGUCGCGGUCGGUCUGGGCCAGCGUGGCAAGUUGAUUGAGGGUGUCGCACAGUGGCCAUACAAGGCCGUCGCCGAAGCCAUGGAGGUCAUCCCACGCACGCUCAUUCAGAACUCAGGAAACAGCCCGAUCAAGGUGCUUACCCAACUGCGCGCGAAGCACGCAGAAGGCUACGAAGACGGCAAGCACGGUGGCAGCACAUGGGGUAUCGACGGUGAUGCAGGAAAGGUUGUCGACAUGAAGUCAUACAACGUAUGGGAGCCUCUAGCGGUCAAGGAACAGAGUGUCAAGACUGCUGUUGAGAGCGCUUGCCUACUUCUUAGGGUUGACGAUAUCGUCGCUGCGAAGUCGGCCAAGCAAGUGAGCGGCCCGAUCGGCGGUGGUGAUGAUUAG